AUGGGUUGGCUAUCAUUUGGCGCAAAGAAGGACGAAACUUCUACAUCGUCUAUACCUACAUCGUCAACAACUACAGCAAUUCCUCCUUCUUCCGGCGCAAAUUUCCAACAACGGUCUCACACUGCCCUCCCCACCAAUGCUUCUGAAUCAGUUCCAGAUACCGCAAGGCUUGCUUCACCUGGGGGAUCCGAUAUUGAGGCAACCCUUCAUCAAAUUGCACCCGACCAUGCCGAUAUACGUAUCAAAACAGCUAAGAUCACAUCAAACUCGACACGGAUUGACCCUAAUGAUGGCACACGUACAACUGAUAUUAGAUCUACGGUUGAGGAUUUUGUAAGUCGAUACCCACCAAACAAUGUCUUUAUAAUUGAUGGUGAAAAGGGUGUGAGACAGAGUAUAAUAUGCACGGAGAAUAAUAGUGGUGGGGGAAAGACAUGUUUGAAAUUGGGCGUUGCAACCGUGGAGUUAUUUAAGACCAUGCAGGGAAUGGAGUAUUUCUGUGGAUUGCCCAAUGAUGUUAGAGCUACUUAUUUCGAAUGCAGAAAGAUUAGGUAG